AUGUUUGGCAAAUACUUUAUAUUUGUGUUAGUGCUUCUGAUCAAAGAUCUCCGGAUAGCAUAUGCUGAAGAAACGGAUGAAACUUCCAUUUACAUGAAACGUGUAGCAAGUUAUUUUGCUUCGUUGGAUCCAUUGAACUGGGUACCAAAUUCCAACAAAAUUGGUAUAGGAUACAAUCCACUAUAUGGCAGUCCUGUUUGCUACACUGGGAGUUGUCAAGCAGAUGGUUUUAAGCAACCGUUAUUCAAUUUAAAAUAUCGUCAACAAGCAGUUGGGUCGUGCACAAGUCAAUUAAUACCGGAGAAUGUCGCAUUAGAUUGUUUACCAUCAACCACUUGGGAUGCUAGAACAGAAAUCAUAAGUGAAUUGAAUGAAUUAAAAGAAUCUAUGACCAAUAAAGUCGAUGUCUCUCUUAGUGGCCAGCUGCCUGGCAUUGCAUUUGCAUACGAAACGUCUAUUGAAACUCGCUAUGCGAUCGAUAACAUCGUCAAGAAAUCCAGAACACUGAUGCAAACAACCGCGCAGAUAUCAUAUAUUAAACUAUCAAUGUUUGAGCCAGCAAUGGAGCUAACCGAUCAGUUUAAAUUCGUGAUCAACAAUAUGCCAUGCUGUAACUACACUGCUGACACGCAAAAGUAUAUUUAUACAUAUAUAUUCGAUUAUUUUGGUUAUGCAUACGUAUCGACUGUGCUGCUUGGUGGAAUAGCUCAAGAAACGAUUCUUAUGACGAACGAAUCGUAUGAAAAACUCGAAACAAAAGGAUUUGAUAUAUCAAAUGCACUUAAAAUGGAAUUUUAUGUAUCUUUAGAAACUAAACAAGAAUACAGUUAUGACAAAGAAAAACAUCAAGAAUUCAUGAGUCAAGUACAAGAAAAACACACAACAACGCUCGGCGGAGAUACAUCAUUAACAUCAAUUGAUGAAUGGUCAACAACAGUUCCAUCGAAUCCUGUCAUUGUCAAAUUUAGUAUUGGAAGUAUUUUCGAUCUAUUAACUCGAACUCGAUUUUCGAACGAUACACUGAUACAUCGGUUUAUUGUUACAGUAACUGCACCAGUCAUGGUGCUUGCCAAUCAGAAUCGAUUUUUCGAACUGGAUCAUGUAGUUGCACUGAAGUACAAAUGUUCACUUGUUGAAACAAUGGAACAACACAAAUAUACGAUUAUGAUUCUGAUAUUUGGACUUGUUUCAAUCGGUUUUGCAGAGCUUUUACCAGAAACCAAUCAUGCUGCAUCUCAAGGAGUAGUUCGUCUUAUCAAUGUUCAUGAGUUUGCUUUUAAUGGUGGAAAACCAGCUGUGCAACUGGCAAUACCGUUUUCAACACGUAAUAAAGAUAAUUAUGCUGUCUUUGUCAAUGGUCAAUCAAUGAUGAAUACAUCUCAUACAACUAAUUUCGUAGUUCUAACAGAAGAAUCCGAUGCAAUUUCAAUUCUUACACUAUUCACUUUGCAUACAAACGGUCUACCCAUAGUUAGCUCAUUUCAUUUAUACUUUAGGGACAUGACAACAUCGAUCCGCGUAUCUUAUUCUAAUGGAAGUGCUGCUACCAAUGUUACAGUCAAUCUCAAUUUGAUGGAAAAUCCUCAUGUAGGACAAAUGCAUUCUACGAAUCAUCAUGGCAUAGUCGUUUUCCAAAACAUUCCAUCUUUAUCUACUUUAAUGUCUGCUCGCACGAAGCAACACUAUGCAACUUUAGUUGGAAUUAUACCUUCGGCGUCACAAAUCAAUAUUAUCUUGAUGCUCGCGCAUUCAAUGACAAUGCAGAACUGGUCAAAGUAUACACACUAUCAUGUGAUCAGUGUCACAAGAAUUGCAGAAGCUAUUCAUCGGAUCCCAUGUGGAAUAGAUAGCUAUGCACUAAGUUACGGAAUGAGGUAUUGUACGAAGUUUUCUCAUUCUUUGAAAACGUUUACACCACAAGGACAACGAUGGAUAUGGAAAACGAUGAACUGCCUACAAAAAUCUCUCGUUUCACCCUUAGAAAAUUGUGCUAACAACUGUUCAGCUUUACGAAAGAUUGCGUUCGCUUCUCAUUCGACCUGCUAUGUUAAAAGCGGUGUUUGCGAGUUAUCAGCAUUCGACUGGGUUAGAAUCGUUUCGAUCGUUGGUAAAGAUUUGUUCACCUCCAAUGGAUUUAUUCAAGCGCUCAGUACAUUCUCACAAUGCACACCGGAUCUUCUUGAAAGAAUCUCACUGUUAAUUUUAGAAGAUUCAUUGCCACUACCGGUGAAAGCUGCACUAAUUGAUAUAGAGACUUGGGUACGAUUAUUACAGAAACAUAUUCUGAGGCUUUACUGA